AAUCCUUCCCCCUUUCGUUCGUCACGUUUCAACAACAACAAUGGCGGCUUCCAGUUACACAUGGAAGUGUUGUGAGGAAGAGAAAGAGGACGACAAUGUUGCUGUCUUACAGUUCUCGAAUGGGAACGUGACGAAUACGGACCAACUGGAUUUCAACUAUUACAAGAAUGUACUUGCUAGCAACCCAAGAAAAAGGAAUCGACGUAUCCUGGUGGCGGAGUCUAACAGAUUGUCAUAUGUAGGGAACAACUUCGGCACAGGAUCUUUGCGAUGCAACAACAUGUGCAAGUACUAUGUGGGAGUCCUGGAUAAGACCAGCAUGCAAAUGGAAGUGCACAGUGCUCAACUCUUCAACAUGCAGCCUCUCAUUCCAGGAGAAUCCAUGCCCGCUGAUGAACCUGACACCAAAAAGUCUUACAGACAUAAGGUGGAUUCUCUGAUUGAGGCAUUUGGAACAACGAAACAGAAGCGUGCACUGAGCUCUCGUCGGAACAACCAGGUUGCUGAUGACUCUCUGCAGCAGGCUGUGGCCCAAGCUGCCAGUAACAUUAUUGAGCAGAAGGGCAUAGAAGUCCUCCAACAGGAGGUGGCGGAUUCAGAGGCUUUGACAGACACAGUGCUGUACCUGCCUGUGUGUAACCCAGAGGCAGAUACAGAGGAAGAUGUUUACCCAUUUAAUGAGUUGCUUUCCGAUGUAGAGUAUGCUGCGCUGGAGCCUGUUGGAAAGAAAAUGGCUGGGCUCACCUCAGAAGAGCUGCUUAAGAUGAGAGAGCAGGGCUGUCCUCAGACAGUGAUGCGACAUUUGGAAGCGAUGCCAGUGGAUCCAGAGGCUCGUGACAGACAGGCCAGAUGUCUGUGGUACCUCUCCCUGCUCAUUAAAGUGGCGCAUCAGAAAUUCAUCUCCCGCAAAUUUGGUUCUGAGGAUGACUGUCCGAAGAUCAUUAUAAAUAAAGUGAUGAAGACCUUCACAGUGGAAAGUUUCAGUCAUGGCAGGGUCAAAAACGUUGUGGCUUCCUCAAUGCGAAUAAAGCUGGCCUCAUACUGUUUGGCUCUGCUUCUACACAUAAACCACCAGACUGCCAAUCUCACCCGACUGCACCAGGACCUGGGCUUGCACGACAGCAGGAUGAUUGAGGUAGCAAAGUCCAUGGGGCUGAAGUUGAGUAAGAUGCCCGCAGAGUGUGCGGACCAGGCUGGAUUUGAUGAACACAGGAUCGCCACUCUACAGCUCCCCCUCAUGAAGUAUGAACGAUUUACACAGACUAAAAAACGCAAGAAACUCAGAUAAUAGCUGCUGGGACGAAUGUGGACUUAAGGGCCAGGAUUGUUCCAUUCAUGCCCUAAAGACUUGUGUACCAAUUUGUCAAGAAUGCAGAUAUUGUUUAUGUAAAAGUGUGCCAAAUGAACACCUAAUUCCUUUGCUUACAUUAUACUGUACCUUCUGGGGGGAAAACUGUCUGCUGAGUUGUUUAUAAAAUGAUCAAAACAUU